UUUUCAGGCGCAGUUGAGGCGACCUCUGUUGGACUUUCUCUGCCUCGGCGAGCGGCCCACUGCUCCUCCCUACCCGCCCACAUUCCCACACCCUCAUACCCCCAGGGGCUUGCUUAGGCUCCUCCCGUCCCCGGCAAACGGUGUGUGUGUGGGUGCCUGGGGCGGGCAGAAAGGAACCCCCCCCUUCCUUCCUUCCUUCCCUCCCCCGAAAAAAAAAACCUGGCAAGAACUCCCUGCCCCGAGUUUUCUCUCACACGGGCUGCAGUAGAAGGGAUGGAAGCCAGGCUAGAGUGAGAGCAGCGAAGGCAGCUGUGCGAGAGGAGCAGCGAGAAGGAAGGGGGGGACGGGACCCAAAACGCAUAAAAAAGCAGGGAACAGUAAAGAGAGACGAAAGUUUUCUCUAUUUAUCCUGCCACUCAGCUUGAGGGUCGCUCCGUCAGUGCCGGGGCAACUUAGGGGGAGCCAGAGGAGGGAAGGUUGUGACGCGCAGCAGCGCUGGACAUGAGCGAGUCGCCGCGGGGAACGGGUAAGGAGCGGGGGUCAGCAGCCGCCGCCUCCUCGUCCUCGCCGCUCGAGGGUCGCGAGAAGAAGCGAAAAGGCAAGAAGGGUAAAGGGGGUGCCGGCAGGAAAGGUGUUCCUCGGGAGGAAAACGGGCCAGCUAUACCUCCUAAAUUGAAGGAGAUGAAAAGCCAGGAAUCUGCUGUGGGACAAACACUAAUUCUCAGAUGUGAAGCUAUUUCUGAGUACCCCUCUCUCAAAUUCAAAUGGUUAAAGAAUGAAAAAGAAAUAACAAGAAAAACCAGGCCGGAUAAUAUCAAGAUCAAAAGUCCCAAAAAACAAAAGACAUCCUCAGAACUUCGCAUUUCUAGGGCUUCAUUGGCUGACGCUGGAGAAUAUACAUGUAAAGCAAGCAACAGAUUUGGGAAUGACACCACAAAAGCUCGGGUAGUAAUUACAGACACCAAUGAACCCACCAACAUGAUACCAGUUUUGACAAAAGCAGCAAACAGAUCCUCACAACUUAUAGACAAGAUUCCAGCGUCGACUGAAGGAACAAAUACAUCUUCUUUCACUUCUACAUCUACCACUGGGACAAGUCAUCUCACAAGGUGUGAUGAGAAUAAGAAAGACUACUGUGUAAAUGGGGGCGAGUGCUUCAUGGUCAAAGACCUCCCAAAUCCAAGAUAUUUGUGCAGGUGCCCAAAUGAAUUUACUGGUGAUCGCUGUCAAAACUACGUAAUGGCCAGCUUCUACAAGCAUCUUGGGAUUGAAUUUAUGGACUCCAGGUGCUUGGCUGCUCAAUCAGUGCUUUCAGAAGCUGAGGAACUCUACCAGAAAAGGGUGUUGACCAUAACUGGCAUCUGCAUUGCUCUCCUUGUAGUUGGCAUCAUGUGUGUUGUGGCCUACUGCAAAACCAAGAAACAGCGAAAAAAGUUGCAUGACCGCUUCCGGCAGGGCCUUCGAUCUGAACGCAACCAUAGAGUCAACAUGGCAAAUGGGCCUCACCAUCCUCACCCACCAGCAGAAAAUGUCCAGCUGGUAAAUCAAUAUGUAUCAAAAAAUGUAAUAUCCAGUGAACAUGCUGUUGAGAGAGAAACUGAGACAUCAUUUUCUACAAGCCACUACACCUCAACUACUCACCACUCUACAACAGUCACCCAGACACCCAGUCACAGUUGGAGUAACGGUCGGACUGAAAGCAUCAUCUCUGAAAGCCAUUCUGUGCUGGUGAGCUCCUCAGUUGAGAACAGCCAUCAUGCAAGUCCAUCAGGCCCCCGAGGGCGCCUCAAUGGCAUUGGAGGUCCACGAGAAUGUAACAGUUUCCUCAAGCAUGCACGAGAGACACCUGACUCCUACCGUGAUUCACCACACAGUGAAAGGUAUGUAUCUGCUAUGACAACACCAGCUCGCAUGUCACCUGUAGAUUUCCAUACUCCAAGUUCUCCAAAAUCUCCUGCUUCAGAAAUGUCUCCACAAGUCUCCAGCUUAACAAUGUCUGUCCCUUCUGUGGCAGUCAGCCCAUUUAUAGAAGAGGAGAGGCCUCUCCUUCUGGUGACACCACCCCGGUUACGGGAAAAAUAUGAGCAACACAUACAACAGUUCAACUCUUACCACCACAAUCCUGCCCAUGAAAGCAACAGUCUACCACCAAGUCCUCUGAGGAUAGUGGAGGAUGAGGAAUACGAAACCACACAAGAGUAUGAACCAACACAAGAGGCCCCAAAGAAACUAGUCAAUAGUCGGAGGGCAAAAAGAACAAAGCCCAAUGGCCAUAUUUCAAAUAGAUUGGAAAUGAACACCGACACAAGCUGUGAGAACAGUAGCUCAGAAAGUGAAACAGAAGAUGAAAGGAUAGGUGAAGAUACACCUUUUCUGAGCAUACAAAACCCUAUAGCAGCCAACCUAGAAUCAGCUACCGCAUAUCGGCUGGCUGACACCAGGACUACCCAAACCAGUCGGUUCUCCACACAGGAAGAAUUGCAAGCAAGAUUGUCCAGUGUAAUAGCUAACCAAGAUCCCAUCGCUGUAUAAAAAAACACUUAAAAAAAAACCCUCAUAGAUUCACAUGUAAAACUUUAUUUUAUAUAUUGAAGUACUCCACCUUUAAAUUAAAUCAAUUUAUUUUAUUUUAGCAGUUCCGCUAUUAGGAUUAAAAAAACAGGAAAAAUCUUUUAUAAAUUAAAUAUAUAAUGUAUAUACAAAAGUGUUACGUGCCAUAUGUAGCAAUUUUUUUACAGUAUUUCAAAAAUGAGAACGAUAUCAAUGGUGCCUUUAUGUUAUGUUAUGUUGAGAGCAAGUUUUGUAAAGUUAAAAGUGAUUGCUGUUCCACAGUAUUUCGCAGAAGUCUCUAACAUUCUGGUUAUGUCCGCCCUAACCUCAACCCACAAUUCCUGGCACUUUUUUCUUUCUGCAUUGCAUUAAUGGUGACUGGCUGUACAAUUUGCAAGAAUUGCAACAGUCCCUGUGUUUGCUUGUUGUAGCCCCUGAUCAAAAAAAGUCCUGUACUGGCAUAUUUACCUAGAGAACAAAGCAUACUCUUUUCUUUCAUAAGAGGUGUUUAUUUGCUUAUCCUAUAUGAGUUUUGUCUGCUCUAUCACAGGACUGUGAUUUGCUUUGGGAGCCUUGAAGAAAUGGUAGAUCCAACAGCAUGCCACUAUUUACGUCAGGACAAUAACAAAAGACAUAAACCUAUAUUAAAUAUGUGACAGAAAUACUAUGUUUUUAAUAUAAUCAGCCAAGAAUCUCCUCAAACUUGUGUAGGAAGAAUCACUUCCCCUUCCUAUACAGGUUUAAUUUUUGUAAUGGUGUUUCUAAAACACAAGUUUAGGAAUGCUCGAUCACCAGAAGCCAUGGGACAUAAUUCAAAAUGAAGUCCUCCUGUGCAAGCAUCUUUGAAAUGAAUGGGUUCUUCACAAAAGCGUAACAGUCCUUUUGACCUAUAUGUUUCAAUAUGGUUUGUGUAGGAGAACUUCCUGCAUGACUGUGCCUGAGGUAAGUUGGUUGCAGUUACAGCUCCUGGGUAAAAUAUUAGAGCAGGUUUUACCCAAACAAGAAAGUGAGUUAAUAGUUGGGAGGUGGGGGAUUAAAAUGCCACAGAUAAAACCACAGUCACUUUGAACCUACGUUUGUGCCCUCAUCAUGGAGUGGGAUGGGGUGCAGUUCAAAUAUAUACCUUUUUUAAAAAUUGUCAGUUUCUCUUCUUCAAUGGGUUAUCUCUCCCUUUUCAAACAUUGGGAUUUAAACAUACUAACUUCGGUUUGAUUUGGAUUGAGCCUAAAAUUGUCAUUACCCAUACAGCUUACAUAUCAGAUGGAACCAAACUGUGCUAAAAAGAGAUCUAAACAUUUAUUAAAAUACUGUUGAUCUAUGCUGGUUUUUAUCUAAGUAUCUUUAAAGCAAACACGAUAUAUUUAUCAAGCUCCCAAUCAUACUCAAAUUUUUGUUAGGUAUAUAAUGCACAUUGCCACGAAUCAUUCCAGUGACUUGUCUGUCUCAGUUACAUAGAAGGCAGAUUGUGAGAGGCCCUAUUUUUAGUGCACAGAUGAAUGGGAGGGAAAUCUUCCCUGUGCCCAUUCCGUAUUUCUCUACAGUCUCUCCAUAUUACUUUUUAGAGCUCAAUUGAGGAGAAAAGAGCCUGGCGAGAGGGACACAGACUGCUUGGGGGUAUGCUGAAGAUAGGGGAGUAGGUAGCACUCCCAUCCAUACAGCCAUUUUAUCCUAAAAAUGUGACAUCUUAAUCCUGCUUUAUGUGCUUGAUGUAGACUCUGGUUUAAACAAUAGGUCUUCAAUGUAGUUUGGUCCUUAGGCAACAGCAGUAGGUUUAUUGCAGCUUCACAAGCCAAUUACCCCUCCUUUGGACUUGAAUUUGGGUCAUAAUGAGGAUCUUAGCCUUUAUUCAUCUCAACUUAUGCAGCACAGACUGGGAUCAAAGGAGUUAUGUCCUGUUGAUAUAUUUUUUUGAAUGAAAAAUAAGAUUGGUUGUACCAGUGAUGCUGAAUCUCUGAACAAUCUGUUAGGAAAACAGAUAUGUUCUCUAUUCAUAACUAGUCCUUUGAGCUUAGUUAACACUGAUGUAUGAGGCUGAGAUCUUUGCAAAUCCCAGAGAGCCUAGUCUGGAGAAUGUAAUUCGAAUGCACUAUAGCCUAAGGCUACAGUCCUAAUCCUAGGUACCAGGAGAACAAUCAGUAGGCUCUACUUCUGCAUAAACCUGUUUAGGAUCAUGUUGUAACUGUUGAUUAAGUUAUAUUGCAGAAAAACCAUUGGAACAACUUUCCUGUUAUGUAAUUUACAUGAACACAAGCUUGAAGUUUCCAUUUCAUCAUAUUGAAUUCAAGUGCAUGUUUAAGUGCUUUGCUGAGUAUUGACUGCCAAUUCAGAACCUAAAAAGGAAAUGUUUUCUAGCAUUAGCUUCCUAGAUCCUGGGAUUCAAUGGUAUUGUCUUCCUGUACUGGUGAAAAUCUGUUUUCUCAAGACUAGAGAAAGUGGUGUUCUGCAUUGCUCUGUUACCUAGAAACUCUACACAAUCUUUGCUCCUAAGCCUGCUUGAAAGUUCACAUAGCCAUGAAAGUUAUAUCAAUAGGGCCUAUUUGACCAAUACAAUGUAACAGUAAGAGGAAGAAGUAGAGAUUCUUCUGCAUGAAUUUGGGCAGCCAGCAUCAUAUAAAACUUUGCCAAUCCCUGACUAAACCCUGCCAUGGCCUUGAAAUGCAUAUCUUUUCCAUUCAUCUUUUCUUCCACUUCCUAGAUGUUACAGGUAUUAAGAUGAAGCACUACUAUGAUAUGGCCACACUAAUGUAUGAAUCAGAGAAAGAGAAAUAAUCAAAUUUGAAAAUGGAUCAACUUUAAUCCACUGUACAGAGCAGCUUGGGAUCUCGUAGGCAAUGAGGAAACAGUGUCAGCCCCCAAGGAAGAUGUUUGGACUGGGUACAAUGAAUGCACUAGAAUUCUAUGCAGUUCACAAACAUUAAUAGAAACUGCAAACUUCUCAUUAAUAUUCCAGGAUGUUUCUUCACACAUUCCUUCCCUUUAGUUGCAUUUGUUUUGCUCCAUUUUGUCACAUGGCAGAAAAGGAAAUCACUAUACAUAAUUCUCCACCCAUGUCAACUUUUGAUGCUAACUAAAUUACUACUUUUCCAUUCACUCUUCCUAACUUUAGGGCAUAAUUGUGCAGGAUUUUGCCAUGCUCCCCAUUCUGUGCUGCAGUGCACAACCCCGAGUCCAAACAUUGGUAUCAAUAGACAGGUGCUACAUUAAAUGUUUUGUGCACUUUCUAGGGAUGGAAAAAUCUGUCAAUUCUG